GCAUCUUGUAAGCUUUCAACUCAACUCUCAAAGUGAAAGAACCAAAUCAUCUAACCCUAAAUUAAUCUAUGUCUUUUGAUGCUGCUUUUAGUGUUCACUUCUACAUAUUCUCCUUUCUAGCUUUACUAAUUUUCACUUUAAUUAUCAAAAACAAACAAACCACAAAUUGCACCUCCAAAUUUAGACCCCCACCAACCCCAAGAUCAUUACCAAUCAUAGGCCACCUUCACCUUAUAGGCUCAAUCAUACCAAAAUCAUUCCAAAAAAUUUCUAACCAAUAUGGUCCACUAAUUCAACUCAAUCUAGGUGCCUCAACUUCAAUAAUUGUCUCCAAUGCACAAGUAGCCAAAGAAGUCAUGAAAACACAUGACCUUAAUUUUUGUUACCGACCCCAAUUUGGUUCCUCUAAUGAUUUUUUAUAUAAAGGGUCUUAUUUCAUUACUGCCCCAUAUGGUCCUUAUUGGAGAUUCAUGAAAAAAUUAUGUGUUACUAAAUUACUCUCUAGCUCACAACUUAGUCGUUUCAUGCAUAUUAGAGAACAAGAGUUAGAGAAUCUCUUGAAAUAUCUUGUGAUUUUUUCUAAUGAAAAUAAGUCAACGGAUUUGUGUUUGGAUUUGACUACUUAUACUAAUAAUAUUUUGUGUCUUAUGACUAUGGGAACAACUAUAUUUGACAAAGAUAUUAUUAGAUGUUUGGUUAGGGAGUUUAUGCAUGUAGGAGCUAAAUUGAGUAUGGGUGAAGUGUUUGGGCCUUUGGGAAAAUUGGACUUGUUUGGUUAUGGAAAAAAGCUUAGGAAAAUAGUUGGUGAAUUUGACAAAAUUUUGGAAAGUUUUUUGAAGGAACAUGAAGAGAGAAUAAAUAAUGAGGAUCGUGAAGGAGACAUGAUGGAUAUCUUAUUAGAAGUUUAUAGAAAUCCAAAUGCUGAAGUUAGGUUAACAAGAAAUGAUAUCAAGGCCUUUUUUCUAGACAUUUUACUUGCCGGAACAGACACAUCCUCAGUGGCAAUGCAAUGGGCUAUGGCAGAGAUUAUAAACAACCCAAUAAUAUUAAAUAAGUUAAGGGCUGAGAUUGAAUCUGUAGUUGGACCAACUAGAUUAAUUAGAGAAUCAGACGUUCCAAAAAUGCCUUACUUACAAGCUUGUGUAAAAGAAGUGUUAAGACUCCAUCCACCUGCACCCUUUGCUCUUAGACAAUCAUCAGAUCAAGAUUGCAAAAUCAACGGCUACGAUGUAAAGGCUCAUACAAGGACACUAAUCAAUGUGUAUGCAAUCAUGAGGGACCCAAAAUCAUGGGUCAACCCUGAGGAGUAUAUACCUGAGAGAUUUUUAGUAAGUGGUGAUGAGAUCAACGGUGGAGAUGAUUAUGAAGAUGUGAAUAAAAUGGACGGUGGUGAUGAUUUUAGGUAUAUUCCAUUUGGGUUUGGUAGGAGGGGUUGUCCUGGUUCAUCACUUGCAUUAAGGGUUAUACAUGUGACAAUUGGUGCGUUGAUUCAAUGUUUUGAGUGGAAAAUUAACGGUGGUGAUAAGGUUAAUAUGGAAGAAGGGUCAUCAUUUUCUGUAGGAUUGGCUAAACCGUUAGUUUGUUACCCUGUUACUUGUUUUAAUCCUUUUGAAAAUUGUUUGUGAUUAGAGCAUUUUCUAUAUAAGAUAAUGUUGUUUUUGUAAGGAUACUAAAUUGUAUUAUUGAAGUAUAUUAGAUGGUUCCUAUCCUUGUUAUGUUUUUUUUUAA